CAGCUAGAUCAGCCCUUCAGCUGUCUGUCCAGACAUCACAUCUCAGCUGUCGAGGGAAAGUAUGGAGCUCGAACACAUUAGAAAUUUGAGGGAGAGAUGCACCGUGAGGCGGGACAUCAUCAGAGAGUUUCUGGCGGAAUUGCUGGGGACAUUCGUAUUGAUACUAUUUGGUUGUGGUUCAGUGGCCCAGACUAUUCUCAGCAGAGAAAAACAAGGAGAAAAUCUCACCAUCCACUUUGGCUUUACUCUAGGGGUGAUGCUGGCUGUGUACAUGGCAGGAGGCGUGUCAGGUGGACAUGUAAACCCAGCUGUUUCUCUGGCUAUGGUUGUCUUGGGGAAACUCCCAUUAAAGAAAUUUCCUGUCUAUGUGGUAGCCCAAUUUCUAGGUGCCUUUGUGGGGUCUUGUGCUGUCUUCUGUCUGUACUAUGGUGCCUUUGCAAAUUUUGCUGAUGGAAAACGGAUUGUAAAUGGUGAAAAUGCCACAGCAGGUAUCUUUGCCUCAUAUCCACGCGAAGAUCUAUCAUUGUUAAAUGGAUUAAUUGAUCAGGUGAUUGGCACAGGUGCCCUGGUCCUUUGUAUUUUAGCCAUUGUAGAUAACAAGAAUAUUGGGGCCCCUAAAGGAAUGGAGCCACUGGUUAUUGGUCUUAGCAUCCUGGCUAUUGGAGUGUCCAUGGCGCUGAACUGCGGCUAUCCCAUCAACCCCGCCAGAGACUUGGGACCUCGGCUCUUCACUGCUAUGGCAGGAUGGGGACUAGAUGUGUUCAGGGCUGGAAAUGGUUGGUGGUGGGUUCCAGUGGUGGGGCCGAUGGUGGGUGGUGUGCUUGGGGCAGUGAUCUACUUCCUGAUGAUUGAGCUGCACCACCCCGAGCCUGAGAAGAAUCUUGAAGACGACAACAGCAUCAAAGAUAAAUAUGAAUUGAAUACCGUAAACUAGAAGGAGAGGGAAAGUAUGGUAUCUUUUUCUUCACCAUAGGCCUCAAACAAAAAGCACUGCUAUUUCUACAUACUCUCCCCCUUUCUGACUUUUCUUCUAGAUCUCUUUUCUGGGUCUUUUGCCAAGUAAUUUCAUGAAACCAAGCAGCUAUGAAAGACAGCAAGUGUUGAUUAUCCAUAAUUCUAGCUUUUUUUUCCCCAUGUUCUUAAAAAGUUUAACUAUAGAACAUUUCCAAAGAUCACCAUUCAUUCUAUCAACAUAUAGCGACAACAGAAACAAUCAGGUAUUUAAUGUAAAGCAUCCACAGUUUAUGAGUAUUUACCAUAAAUAAUUGUCACACCCAUGCCAGUAACAGAUUACAGGUGCUAACAGAUCCUCCACAUUACCAACUCUGGAAUGUAUAGAGAUAAUCAAAAUUUUUGACUGGUUUCUCAGGUUUACUUUCCCUUAAGAUACAGCCAAUGCAGGUUGUCAUGCCUCAGCCAGAGAGAGUUGAACCACUUCAGGAUAGUACCUUUAAUUUUUCCUUCAUUCCUUUUUCUAAUCCUCCUACUAAUCCUACUUAUCUGAACUUUCACAGACAUCUGACAACCCUAUAUCUUGCCAUAAGCAGACAGAUGUUUUUCUCUCACUGAAAUGAAAGAAGAGGGUGCAUUACUUUCCACUCUUUUUACUCAAAGACGAACAGGUCUCCUUGUCUGUAAACUAUUAAGUCAGGAUGAAUCAAUACAUGUACUGCAUGCAUAACUGCUGAUAAGGUAACAUGCAUGAGGUAACAGAAUGAAUGUUGCAAUGCAUGCUAAAAAUAAAUGUGCAACAAACUAUUAUAUAUAAGCUUAAGAAGAAAUAAAUGUGUAUUUAUCCGACAAUGUGUCAAACCGUUGAAGAAAAUAAUUGCAUCAGAAUAAACAGGAGCAGUAUUGUGUAUAAUAUCACAUAACGUGAUCAUUUUAAUGUAUCAGUCACAGCUUCAGUAGGUAUUUCGUAGCUAUUGUUUGUGAAUUUUUUUUUUUAUUUCAUGUGUUUUUCCCCCCUUUUUAAAAACAUUGUAAUUUAUUUAUCAGCACUUGAAUUAUAAGCAGUUGUUUGUACAAUUCAAAAUGAUUCUGUUAUAUAUUCCAAUAUUUUAUCUUUCAGGUUCAGAUUUGUUUACUUGCUCUCUCAUAAAUGAAAUAUUUAUUAAUUACUCCAUUCAAAAUGUUGAAAAUAGUAUUGUCAUUCUACUAAUGUAGACAUAAUUAAAUAAACAUAC